GACGUUACUGCUAAAGUUGUCUUGAUGUUUCAGAAGGAGCAUAAACACAAAUACUAAAGACCGAAUUUUGAUCCUAGUGUUACAGAUAAUAUACGUGUAUAUAAUAUUUAAAAUUGUUGAGUACCGUAAUUUGAGUUAUGUUUUGUUUUUUUAUAAAAAGUAAAUUGCAUUUUUCUUCGAGUUUUACUUACUUACAAACUGUUCUUCGUUUAACACGGGAGAAAGUAUGCUACGACGUGAUGAAUUUAUGAAGAAGUUCGAAGAAAUAAAAUCUGAUGUAGACCCUUUUAUUCUUUCUGAGAAAGAAAAAGAAAUUCAUGAAAUGCACAAAGAGGCAGUGCAGAAGGGAAAACUCUCUUAUACUGACCCCACCACUGGGUAUUUGGUUAUGACAGGGUUACACCACUAUCUUAGAGGAUACUGCUGUGGUAAUGGCUGCAGGCAUUGUCCAUAUAGCCAUGAGAAGGCACCACCACACAUCAAAAUCAGAAGAAAAUUUAAUUCUGCCUUCUAUGUCAGAGUUAGUGCAAAAGAAGAUGAACAAAAUGAUAAACUUGAUAAAUGAGUACAGAAAAGAUGAAGAUGGCGUUGAACCCAAUAAAUGAGUGGUAUAUGAAAUAUGAAUGCAGUAAAAAAGAUUUAUGAAACCAAUACACUUUUAUACCAAAAACAUUUAUACCCAGUAAUACAAGAUGAAUAUUGAACAUGAUUUUGCAUACAUACAGUUGAUUGAUUUAAAGUGAGCACAGUUUUAAAUGACUUUGUUAUUAAGCUUCCAGUACAUCUGUUGACAAGAGAAAGUUUGUACUAUCACCAUUAAUCAGAAAGGAAAACAUUUAUAAUACAGCUUCUAAAGAAAAACUCACACUUUCUAUUCUGUAUAGACAGGCCUGGGAUCAUAGACAGACAUGUACAUACAGUAGGAAGGUAAGGUAUAUCAUAUUGAUAAUUGUAUGACCAUUAAGGUUUUGAAACAACCUAUUGAAAGUAAAUUUCAUGAAGUCUACUUAAAUAGUUAAAUGUAAGGUCUUCUAAAAUGUUGGAGAAAUUAAAGUCCAACUUACAUAGACCAUGUGUUCAAAGGCAUAUAUACAUUUUUCUGUUGUUUUGAAUUAAAGCGAAACUGAUAAGUUAGAUGAACUGCAUCAUAUAUUUGAAAUAUACACAAAUCUCUUAAGUUUAACUGACAACAACUGUAAUUUUUUUCUCCACAUGUUUGUAAGAAGAAUGUGCUCAUAAGUAAAAAAACUAUUGUUGUUUUUUCUUUAUGUACAGGUUUCAAAUAAAAAACUUACACAUGAAGUACUUGUUUGAGACAAAACAAAUUGCUCUUAAGGUUUACAGUAAUAUAAAAAUUAAGCUAAGAUCAAAAUCAAUUAUUUGUAAAUGUUCAUUUAGUAGCUCAUUGUAUAAAAGUUAAAAUAUUUUUCACUGUGAGAAUAAUAUUCUUAAUUCUGACAAGCUGUUACCAUUAUUAUAAGUGAUUAAAGAUAUAACAAAGCAUAGAAAAAAAUUGAAAACUCCCAACUAAUUUCGACAGGCCAAGCUCGUCAUUCUCAAGGAAAGGAGAAAACAGUUUUGAGUGUCAUGUAAAUUGGAUGUUCAGGUUUGAAAAUGUUCCCGAUGGCUCAAAAUUUACUAACAGCAUUAUAGUGCAAAAAAAAAGUAUUUUUUUUAAAGACUUCUGAAAUUGGUUGGGUUAAAUUCCAUUUUAUUAUUGAGCAUAUUUUCUUUAUUUUUAGAUAUUCCUCUUGAUUCUUUUAUGUUGUGGUGAUGUAAGGAUUUUGGUUCAGGAAUGAUUUAUGUUACGUAUUAGAAUUUUAAAUGGCCUGAAAUUGAGUUAACUGAUAAUUAGUUAAAUUGUACUUUGGAUUUAGUAUUUAAA